AUGGCCACCUUAGCCCGGCUGCAAGCUCGGCGGUUGACUCUAGGAAAUCAGUACUACUUUAGGAACAGCAACGCAGCAACAAUUAUUCAAAAAUGGUGGAGAAGUUACUUAGGCAGAACACAUUAUCAACUAAUUGUGAAGGUAGCAUAUUAUACUAUGAAGAUGAAUCUCUACAAUGCAAUGGCUGUCAGGAUUCAGAGACGAUGGCGAGGUUAUAAGGUUCGGAAAUACCUCUUUAAUUAUUUUUAUUUCAAAGAGUAUCUGAGAGCUGUUUCAGAGACCAAUGAUGCAAUUAGGGAGGCACUGGAGGAGUUUGCAGAAAUGAAAGACAGAGAAGAGAAGAAGGCUAACCUCGAAAGGGAAGAGAAGAAGAGAGAUUACCAAGCACGAAAGAUGCAUUACCUCCUCAGCACUAAGCAGAUUCCAGGUAUAUACAAUUCACCAUUCAGAAAAGAGCCUGACCCAUGGGAGCUGCGGUUACAGAAGGCAAAGCCUUUAACACACCGAAGACCCAGAGUGACGCAGGAGUACUCCACAGACCUUACCAACUGGCUAGCUUGUACGAGUGCCCGUUCUUUUCCUCAGUCUGAAAUUCUGCCACCUAUUCAUAGGAAGCAAUGUCAGGUAUUGGCAGAAAAUGAUGAAUCAGUCAAGAAACUGAGAAAGUUUUUGCCAUUUUCUUCCUACCAUAAAAAUAAAAAGUACAUCCCAUCAAUACAUACAUCAAGCAAGUAUAGUCCUGAUUCUUAUGGAAAACAACAUUUCCGAGCUGAAAAUCCUAGGAAAUGGAUCUGUGAUAAGGAUUUCCAAACUGUAUUACCAUCAUUUGAUCUCUUCUCCAAGUAUGGAAAAUUAUAUUCAAAAGCUGGACAAAUUGUAUAAAGAAAAUAAAAGAAGAUGAAAUGUAAAAAUGAAGUUAAGGUGUGAAGUGAAUGUGAAAUAAAAGACCCCCACUGCCUGGAGUUCUGGAUUCUACUUUCAUGACUGAGGAGAAACCU